AUGAACACUCGCCAAGUCAUCGAUGAGUCGGUGGGGCCGUACUCACUGUCGGCCUCAUUCAAUAACGACAACACAUGUUUCGCCGUAGGCCUGGACACCGGCUUUUGUGAUUUCAAUGCCGGAAUUGGUCUGGUUACCAUGCUCGGCCAGUCGAAAUACCUCGCGAUCACCGGCGGAGGAAGACAACCGAAGUUCCCUCAGAAUAAGCUGGUGAUCUGGGACGACGCCAAGCAGAAAGCCGCCAUCACCCUCGAAUUCCGCACCUCGGUCUUGGGCGUCCGCCUGUCCAAGUCGCACAUAGUCGUCGCGCUGCUGAACAGUGUCCAUGUCUUUGCCUUCUCGAUCCCUCCGCGGAAGCUCUCGGUCUUUGAAACAGUGGACAACCCUCUGGGUCUGGUUUGCCUGGGGGAGAAGCUACUUGCUUUUCCCGGCCGAUCUCUCGGGCAAGUCCAGCUGGUCGAGCUUGAGACCGGGAACGUGAGCAUCAUCCCAGCACACGCGCACCCGCUGCGGGCCAUGACUCUGAGCUCGGAUGGCGCGCUUUUGGCCACGGCGAGCAAGAGGGGCACUAUGGUCCGGAUUUAUUCUACCAGUAACUGCACGAGGAUAACCGAGGUACGCCGGGGUCUUGAUGAAGCAGAUGUAUUUUCGAUUGCUAUAUCACCUUCAAAUACGCUGUUCGCCGUGACGUCCGAUAAAUCGACUCUGCAUGUCUUUCCAGUGCCCAAAACUGAAUCAAAGUGGGGAUUCUUGUCAAAGGUUCCCAUGCUCCCGGGGUUCUUCUCUGACAUUUAUUCAUCUGCCACUGCACAUUUUGAGAUAGGCAACGAACAGUCAUCCGAGUCAGCCUAUAACCCUCCACCCCUAGGGAAUUCACUUGGGAAACCGUCCAAAGGGAAGAUCGGCUGGCUCGAUGAUAGGACCAUCCUCGUGAUUGGCUCGGGUAGGGAUGGGCGAUGGGAGAAAUUUGUCCUUCACGAAGGCGAUGACGGCAGACUCUAUUGUAACAGAACGGGCUGGAAGAGGUACCUAGGAGGGGGCUAA